CUCAGUUGCCCAACGCGGCACACUGAUGCAGCAAGUGGGUCAAGGACUACAGAAACCGCAGGUGCUUAUUUAAUAAUCCAAAAGCAGCAGCCAAUAGCGAAAAGCGAUUCCCCAGAAUCGGAGAAACGCACAAAUUCUGCAAUCAAUUCCUAUUCCCUGCAGAUUGGAAACCCUAAAAGGCAAGUCUUUACAGCUUCAUUCUUCUGGAAACCGAAUUUGAGCUCUUGGAUGAUUCCGGCGACUUGAUGGUGUCGCUCAACGGUUCCCUAUCGGCUUGGAUCCAUCACUUGCUUGCUUGCAUGGGUGGUUGUUUUGGAUGUUGCACGAAACCCACACCGAUUAUUGCUGUCGACGAGCCUUCAAAGGGAUUGAAAAUUCAAGGGCGGUCGGUGAAGAAACCUGGCAUAUCGGAUGAUUUUUGGAGCAGCAGCACGUAUGAUUUGGACAACAGCGCUGUGCAGUCCCAGAGAAGCGUCUCAUCCAUCAGCACCUUACACCAGACCCUCCUCCAUGGCAGCGGCACUGGUAGCACGAGCAGCCAACCUGACUUUGUAAAUCAAGGUCUUGUUCUCUGGAACCAAACCAGGCUUGAGUGGAUUGGAAAUGGCAAGCCUAAGGAUGAAACUCUAAGAAGUCGGGAAAACAGAUUAAGUUGGAAUUCAACUUACGAGAGAUUGGUUGGACCCAAACAGAGACAGCCUUUUCCCCAGCGCAUUCCUCUGUCUGAAAUGAUAGAAUUUCUAGUGGAAGUAUGGGAGCAGGAGGGGCUGUAUGAUUGAUCGAGCAUCUAAUAUGUCAGGAAGAUGGUUCGUCUUUGUAAAUCUCAGAGGUUGGCGUGGAUAGCUGGGGCAAAGAAGGAAUUAAAGCUACAAAGAUAUAUCUUUUUAGUUUAAUUGUAAUAUUACACACUAAUAUUUUCAUCUUGUUUUGCCCCCCUUCUGACAUUGAAUGCACCAUGGAUCUGUUGAACAUGCUCUGUUCCAUGCAUAGCUGAAUCAUACAGAAGCGGUUACCUUUGCUUGUGUGAAUACCAAAGUUAAAGAGGUCCU